AUGGAAGCGCUAUUGGAAAGUCUUGUAAAUUCUCUGAAUUCUCCAAUCCAGGAGAAGCUUGGAUUGCUUUGUGGUAUUGAAACAGAGAUACAAAAGCUUUCAAGCUUGCUAUCAACAACCAAAGCAGUGAUUGAAGAUGCCGAGCAGAGGCAGUUUACUGAGAAGGCAAUUCAACUUUGGCUGCAGGAGCUCAAUCUUAUUGCUUAUGAAGUCGAUGACAUAUUAGAUGAUUAUGCAAUCGAAAUCUCGAGAGAACCGAAGUGCAACAACAUAUGUUGCAAUGUAUUGGAUUGUCUUCCAGCAACAUCAAACAUAUGGUUUUGGCACAGGAUUGGAGCAAGGAUGAAGAAAAUCAUUGGAAAAUUUGAUGCAGUUGCUGAUGAGCGAAUAAAGCUUGGAUUGAGCAACCACUUUCUGGUUGAUUCCACUGCAAUACGUGAGAUUGGUUCCUUGCUAAACGAACCUGAUCUAGUCCUUGGAAGGCACGAGGAGAAGGACAAGAUUGUGAAAACAUUGGUGAAUCAAGUCAGAGAUAAUCAAAAUGUAUCAGUGCUCCCUAUAGUGGGUGUUCGAGGCCUUGGAAAGACAACACUUGCCCAAUUGGUGUUUAAUGAUGAGAGCAUAGCCAAGCAUUUUGAGCCAAAACUCUGGGUUUGGGUCUCAAAGGAUUUCAAUGUGAAGAGGAUUAUAAAAGCCUUAAUUGAGUCUGUAGAAAAGGCUUCUAUUGGAGACUUACCCUUGAAUGCUCUCCAGAUAAAACUUCAAAGUUUAUUAGAAGGGAAAAGAUACUUGAUUGUACUGGAUGAUGUCUGGAAUGAGAAUCCACAGGAAUGGGAGAAACUGAAAUCUGUUCUGGAAUGCGGAUCAAAAGGUAGUUCAAUUGUCACGACAACUCGUAAGCAAAAGGUUGCUGAAAUAAUGGGCACAUUACAAACAUAUUAUCUGUCGAGUUUGUCAGAGAAUGAGUGUUGGUUACUAUUUAGGCAACGGGCAUUUGGCCAUCAAGAGGCUGAAGAAUAUCCUAACCUUGUAGUUAUCGGGAAAGAGAUUGUGAAAAAAUGUGGUGGUGUUCCGCUGGUUGCAAAGACUCUCGGAGGCUUUCUACGAUUCAAGAGAGAAGAAGCCGAAUGGAACUUUGUGAAAUGUAGUGAGCUUUGGAACUUACCUGAAUAUGAAAUAGAUAUCUCGCCCGCGUUGAGAUUGAGCUACCUUAAUCUUCCGGUAGAGUUGAGAGGUUGCUUUGCAUAUUGUGCAAUAUUUCCCAAGGGCCAUGAAAUUGAAAAAGAAGAGUUAAUACAUUUGUGGAUGGCAAAUGGAUUGAUUUCAUCUAAUGGAACGAUGGAAGUGGAAGAUGUUGGUGAUGCUGUGGUGACUAAACUGCAUCAUAGAUCACUGUUCCAAGCCGUGAAGAAAGAUGAGUUUGGCAAUGUCCUCACUUUUAAGAUGCAUGACCGUGUCCAUGAUCUGGCUCAAUUCGUAAUGGAGGCUAAACACGGUGGAACAGAGUCAAUUAGAACCAUUAGGCAUUUGGCGUUGGAUUUCCCAUAUGAUGAGCAAAUAGUGGCUUUUCCUAUUAAAAGAAUGAGAGGCACUGACCAGUACUCUUCUUUCUUGUCAGAAUGUGGUUCCCUGAGAGUGCUCAUUGUAAGGACAGCAUGGUGGGAAAAAAGGUUUUCAGAGCUGCCACCUGCAGUAAGCAAACUGACACAUUUAAGGCAUGUAAAUCUUUCAGGAUCUCAAAUUGUUGAACUACCCAAUUCAAUUUGUGGCCUGUGGAAUUUGCAAAUUUUAAACCUAAAUGAUUGCGAACAUCUUCGGAGUUUACCCAAGGGCAUGAGAUUCCUCAGAAAUCUUCGACAUCUUUGUCUACGGGGGUGCUGGAAUUUGACUCACAUGCCAAGUGGAAUUGGGGAGUUGAGUUGCUUGCGGACGUUGAGUAUGGUCGUCCUGGGUGGCAAAAAAGGCUUCCAACUAAGUGAGUUGCGAGGCUUAAAUAUGCUUAUAGGAGAGCUAUCAAUUAGGCACCUUGAGAGGGUUGAAGAUAAAAAGGAUGCAGAAGAAGCUUGGUUAAUUGGAAAACAGAGUCUCCGCAGGUUGUGUUUGUAUUUUAAUUGGGAUUCUGAAAGAACGCUUCAACGUUACAAUGAUGAGGAAGUGCUUGAAGCCCUUAAACCCUCCCCCAUCCUUCAAUUUCUGCACAUAGAAGGCUUCAACGGUUCAUCAUUUCCAUCUUGGAUUUCAACUGUAACAACUGUUCGUGUGUUCAACAGUGCACCGGAGUACAUAGUUGGGGCCCAGGAGAGUACCGCCACUGCUGCUACUGACAAUCCAAAAGGAAUGUUAAAAGCACUGGUGUUAUGGGACAUGCCCAAUCUAAAAGGAAUGUUAGGAGGAGAAGUCCAAGGUACUCCAGGAAUAUUCUCUCAACUUCAAUACUUGUCUUUUGUUGAUUGCCCAACGUUGAUGUUGCCAUUGCCACGUAUGCCGUCCCUAAAGGAGUUAGACGUCAAUAUGUGCCCGAACAUGGCAUGGGCUUCAAUCUCCAAUCUCACUAGUCUUAACUCCCUUGAAGUUGGGAACAUUGAAGGAUUGAGUUGUUUUGCAGAAGAGAUGCUACAAAAUCUUAGUCUUCUUGAAUCGCUGAAAAUUAAGCAGAUGAAGGAUCUGCGAGCCUUACCCAGAAGCUUGGCUAGCCUCACGGCUUUGCAGGAGUUGACCAUCGAGGAAUGUCCCAAGCUGGGGUCUCUGCCAAAAGAACUCCAUUUGUUCGACUGCUUUAAUUUGGCGAAUCUCUCAAUGGGGACUAAAGCCCUCAAAUCCCUGACUCAUCUACGCAUCCAAGGGUCAAACGCGACAGCUCUGCCAGAGGAAGUCAAACAUUUCCCCGCACUACAAAAAUUGGAGCUGAUGGAUCUUCCCAAUCUAACUUCAUUGCCACACUGGUUUGGAGACCACCUCACUUCUCUUCGACACCUGACACUGUGGUCUUGUCCGAAGCUUGAAACACUUCCAUCCAGCAUUCAAAUGAUGACAACACUCCGAAGUUUGACAAUAAAUUACUGCCAGCUACUGGGACCACGGUGUGAAAGGGGAGGAGAGGAACGGGACAAAAUUAAGCACAUCCGGUACCUGAAUAUUUUUUAA